GCAAGGUGCAUAUCGGGUACGCCAGCUCACUUCUCCAGUUGUUUGAGUGUACCAUGGCAUCUCAAGAAACCCUCAUCAACACAGAGUCAGAGGCCCUCCCUGAUCCCACCCAGUCUCCCAUAAUCAUCCCUGACCUAGCAAGGGGUGAGCACCAUCAUGUUUUCAUCAGCUACAGCAGUUUGGAUUCCUCCUGGGCUCACACAUUUAUUGCACGCCUUGAGUCAUCCAAUCCAGGACUGAAAGUGUGUCACCAUGAGAGAGACUUCAUUGCUGGGAAAUCAGUCAUGGACAACAUGGCAGACUGUAUCCGAGCCAGCCAGAAGGUGGUGCUGGUCCUCAGUGAGGACUUUCUGCGCAGCCGCUGGUGCCUUCUGGAGGCCAACCUGUCACUCUUCCAGGACUGCAGCCAGGGUAAGCCAGUAAUACCCGUCCUCCUACAGCCUUGCGCCAUCCCCUUACACCUUAAACACUUGACCUAUUUAGAUGUUGAGGAUCCUCGAUUCUACAAAAAACUCUUUGAGAACCUUUGUACCCCCAACCAUCUUCUGAGGAACCCCAUGGGACUGCUCUGCCAGCCUGUUUCUGCCUAUGAAGGGAAACUGCUGGCAACAGUGUAUGCAGUGAAUGAGGACAUACCCCAGUGGGCCUCAGGGGUGUUCAGUAAAAUGGGACCCCCAGGGCAAUUGGAAAUGGUAGCAGACAGUUACAGAGAGGCAAUUGAAAUGAUCAACAAUGCUGCAGCCAAAAGAUCACUGCUGCAGCCUCUGUGGCUUAGGGUCAUGCUCUCCAUACUGCUAAUCUUAUUCGCCAUGUUCUCUAUAGUUGCAGCCUUUCUUUUCACUGUGGGUAUCAUUUGUUUGGAACCGUUUUCCCUUACAACUCAAAUAUUAGCAGGCUUGUCUUUCUUGUUCAAUGGUAUUGUGCUGCUCCCCAUCUUAAUUUUGAAGGUUAUCUGUUGGGGAAAACAAGAGGGAAAAAUGAAGCUGAAUGUGAUGCAGAAGAUUGCUGGCCAGGUGAACAUCUUAAUGUCUCAGCAAAAUGUGCUCCUCAGCUGCAAGUCCACGACCUGCCUGCUUGCCAUCUAUGUACCUCUGGACGGCUGCCGGGAGGCCUUCUUGAACACCUUCCCAGGAGCCCUGGGAGAUGAGAUGUAUCUCAGGGCUUUGCUUAACUUCUCCCCAGGAUAUGCGCUCUGUGUUGCCACAAAGCAUUUUACUUUUCCGCUGGCUGCCAUAGAUUCCAGCAGGAGCCACAUGGAGGUGGGAGCAUGUUUCUGCCAAUACGUGUCCCAGCAGCUGCGUCAAGACAUGUGGUCUUAGACAUCUGCAGUCUCAUACUUGAAUUGUGGCCCUGUGGUUUUGCCACCACUUCAAGCGCAUCAAAGUGUAUCCAGUCAAUGAACUGACACGGGUUUGAAAGGUUGUAUAAUGCUUUGAAAGGUGCUAUAAUGCAGAAUUUGUAGGGUUGCACAGUAGCAUCACUGACCUUUUAAUAGAAGAAGGGACAGCAACCUUUAACUUAAAGCUCAACAGCACUUGCCUUCCCAAAUUGUUUUCUGAGAGACGAGUUUAUGAUGUUUAGGACAAGAUGACACGCCAGAUAAUCAAAAGAUGAUUUCCUUCUCCCUUCAUUUGAACUGAUCCCCUGGAAGUCCAUAGUGGGGAGGACAUGGAUCAUGUUUUUAAUAUAAACUACAUUUGUGAAUUGUUGAGGAUUCACACUACGAAGCAAUUUGGUUUGUCACUUGCCACUGGCGGUGGUUAGUCUCAGACCUGGAACAUCUGGCUCAGAAUGACCUCUUUGCAGCCUGAGCUAAAUGGAAAGAUCCUUUAGUCAGCCAUGUUGAACUUGUCUCUGAACACUGUGAGCAGUGCCCUUCCCGGUGACAUCAGCUGAUCUCUCUCUGUGUCAGCCUCCACCUUUUCUGUGCAGUAAUGCCACUACACUCCACCCAUCCACAGUACAAAUCCCAUCCUCAGCGCCAAUUGAAUUGCUUUGGAUGCACACCACAAAGCAUCUCAAUUUGGAAGUUUAUGCUGUGGUAGAUUGCCCGUGGUGAGUCUCAAACAUGCAACAUUUGGAACAGAAGCAAGCUCUUGGCAGCAUGAGCUAAAUGGAAAGCUCCUUUAGUCAGCCAUGCAGAACAAAUUUCUGAACACUUCUGAUCAACUUGUAGCUGUGGUGGUCUCUGUGCGUGCAUCUGUCUCUUCUGUUGCUGCCCUCACUACAAUGUUCAAAUCAAUCAUUAAGCUGCAGUUAGCUUUUAAUUUCUCUGAGCAUCAAGUCUUUACCUCAGUUUCUUUCCCUAUUUCAUUGAGCUCCUGGCUGUUUAAAGUGUAUAGACAGAAGGAAUUGGGGGUGAGUGUUUUAGGAAGAAAUCAUCGGGGUUGGGGAAGAACUUUUAGAGCUGUGGAUUUUGUCGCAGUUCACUAUAAACUUAACAGUCUGUCCCCAGACGUGCCAUGUUUGGCCCUGUGAGUCUAGUAGAUCUCUGGCUCUGUUUUGUUCAGCUGUGAAUUUUGGGUCUGAUACUUUGGCACUGAAGGAAAAUAGGACAGACUUUAGGGUUAGGAUUUGAUUCACAUUUCUCCUGGUUGUGAUUUAAAAUUCUUGUGGUGUCACCACUUAGAAAUCAGAACAGUUCAGAACAUCAAGAGCAAAGUCCAAAAUUAAUAAAGUAUAGAAAAUGAAAAAUUCAAAAUACCCCUUAAAUUUAAAAAAGCAUAAAACAGUUGGUGUUGGAAGGAAAGCAAGGUAACAAAUUUAUGAGUAAACUGGGAGAAGCAAGCAAAUGGCAAAACAGAAAAACAUAAAAAUAAACCAUAACAACUGAAACUCAGACGAGAACCAGAACUAAAGUAAAACAAAACAGACAAUGAGUUGAAAACCACACAAAACUAGAAGAUUAGAUACACAAUAAAUCAAAAGGAAGCAAGGAUGUAUCCACAGAUCAGAUAAGGUUCAUGGCCAAGGCCGAUCUUUUCUGCUUGUUGCUGAUUAAGUCACAGUCUCAACCCUGGUGACUCUGCCUCUAGAAACAAGGGUCAUCACCCUGACAACAGUACACAAUAUGGCUUCUCUCAAAGGAAAAGCAUCAAUUUCCAGCAUAAAUCAUGGCAGAUAGAAAGAAAUGAAUAAAAAAUUCACAAAAAAAUAAAAAUCAAACAAAAACUCAUACAAUACACAAUUCAAAAACUAAAUCCUAGUAUAAAACUAGUGGUUCGAAUAUUACAGUUUAACCAGAGUUUCUUCUCUGACUUUGUUUGAUUAUUUUGUCAUUUAUUUUGAUAUACUGUAUUUGUUUAUUAUUCUUCCUUUGUAAUUCUCUCUCAUUUUUUUAUUAUAUCCUGCCUUUUGUUAUUUAUUCUGUCAUUUGCAUUUUGUAGCCCUAGACUUCUUUUCCAACAUCAGCAUCUGACCUCUAAUAUGGUCUUUAGGCUGAAUGGGCACAAAUUCCCACAGACGCAGAGAAGUGGAGGCUGUUAAAACUGCAAAAGGGGACCAACUCCAUAUUCAUUUUAUUGAUUCCUGUUAAUUACACGUUGUAGAAUAUUCUGCCUUGUUGUUACCACAGAACAACUAAUUGAUUUGCAAAUGUUAUGUGAAGAAGUAGCUGCCUGUGAGAGAAUAAGUGGCUAGGAGUGAAUAAGAAGAUACCUAACUUCUGCCACAGGUCCAUUUCAGACUUACAGUAAGGGUAAACACAGGGGCAUGGAUGGACUGGGGUCCCGGCCAAGAGGGACCCUGCUCCUUUACCUGGCUGGGUGGCCAUUGCAAAGAAAGGUCAGGGAGGGAGCUGUGAUUUUCCCUUUCCAUGCCGCAACAUGGGCAGGGAAGGACACUGCAGCAGCUGCUGUACUGGGACUGGUGUCCCAGUAGCCACAGAGGAAUGCCAUGGAUGGGUUUGGGAGAUUUGAAGGACAGCACAGUGGGGGCUGCCAUACAUUGGGUGGCAGCAUCCCAUUUGGCAGGCUCCAGUAUGGACACCGCAGGGCAGCAUAGUAGUUGUGGUCCCAUGGGGCUUCCCUGUUAGGCUCUGUGGCGGCCACCAGUGGGAGCUGUCAGAUAUUGAUGGUACAAGGACCAGGGUGGUCCCGUCUGACCCAGUAGUGUUUCCCGGGGGCAAUGGACUGAACACUGGAAGUACUAAUGGGUCGGGAGGUAAAAGAAAGCCCACUACUUGACUCAGAAGAGGAGAUGGGCAACACUUGAUGAGGAGGAGUGGAGGAAAAUGAAAGGAGCAAAGCGAAUGGCUAAUUGUGUGGCAGCUGCUACAACCCUGAGGGAAGGAAGUCUGUAAAAGGUACACAUUAUUAUAAAUAAAAGUACUGGAUUAGAA